AUGUGUCAUGAAGCGACUGAAGAUGAAUACCAUAUGGUCAUUGGCUGCAGUAUGAAGUCCCUCUUCUGGUAUGAGUUUGUCUCUCACCUUGGUCUUGCUGAUCUGUUCCCUACGGACGAGGCCAUCUGGAUUGGGUUGACCACCCUUCACGGCCAGGACAACAAUUCUCUGGACAUUUCCAUCUUGGAACUUCUCGGCGCUGCCUUCUCAUCUAUCUGGCAACAUCAUUGGGGCUGCACAAUUGAUGGUAAAUCCUGGAUCACUCGGGCUGUUUUCUCCUCUUUUCUGGAGGAUCAUUCCAGGUUAAUUUCUUCUUUCUUAGACAUGUAA